UAGCUUCAGAGAAGAGAGCAACUUUGCAUUAACUGUCAGAUGUCACUUUAUCUUUUUACGUUUUCUUUGGAUGCCUACUGUCAGUGUUUGGAGAAAAAAUUACUGGAAAUGUUCAUGACAUUUGCAUGAAUGUGAAGAGCUGCGUUCACAGAGUGAGUCUGUUGAUAAAGCUCUGCUCUGUGAUUGGCUGCUCCAUGACCAACAUGAGAUGGUGAACAUGGUUAAAAGUUAGUGCCACUGGACAGAAGUCACUGGAAGCAGAAUGAAAGCGAUGGCUCGUCUGACGCUGCUUCUUGUUCUGCUGUGGGUCGGUACCACAGUGAGCACAGUGGUGGAUGUGCACAAAAGAAUCAUUGGAGGUCAACAGUGUAAUCCAACAGAGCGUCUGUAUCACGUGAAACUGGUCGAUGAAGACGAUGAUUUCGUCUGUGGAGGCUCUCUCAUCAGUGACGAGUGGGUUCUGACUGCAUCUCACUGCUGGAGGCCAAAACUGUUUGUCAUUGUAGGGGUGCAUCCAGGUCAAGGAGAGAGAGUGAAGGUAAUCGGACCACGUCUGAGACUCCAGUGCCAUGACAUCAUGUUACUAAAGAUAGAAAAAUUUAAAACAAAGGUUCAGCCUAUAGAACUUGGUGACUGCACAACAAAACCCCAACUGGGAGACGUGGUGCAGAUCGCAGGACAUGCCUCCACUACCAUGGGCCCUAAUAAUGAAAGAGAUUGCGGUGAAUCACCAACUCUCCAGUGUGCGGAUGUUAAAGUCGUUGCCUGUACUGGUCCUGCCUUUGAUUACAAGGUGUGGGAGACACGGUCUACUGCUGACCACUGGUUCUGUGGUCAAGCUCCAGGAGUGGAUGCAUGUCAUGGUGACUCUGGUGGAGGAGUCGUGGUCAAUGGCCGGCUCUAUGGUUUAAAGAUUUUUGUGGAAAAUGGUACCACAGUGAGCACAGUGGUGGAUGUGCACAAAAGGAUCAUCGGAGGUCAAGACUGUGGUAAAGAAGAGCGAGUACAUCCAGGUCAAGAAAAGCAAGUGGACAUAACGGCACAACCUGAGAUCUACAAAGACAAACAGGGACCACACGAUAUCAUGUUACUGAAGUUGCCUGACGGAAGAGAAAUUACUGACUUUCUAAAUCAGAUUCCGUCUGUUGAUCUUGCUGACUGCAAUGCAAGACCCCAGUUGGGAAACCAAGUGCAGAUUGCAGGUUAUGGAUCCAGUACCAUGGGCCCUGAUUAUGAAAGAAUUGACAAGCAAUCGCUAACUCUCCAAUGUGCAGAUGUUAACGUAGUUGACUGCACUAGGCUGAAAGAACUUAAGAAGAACACACCACAUCAUUACCAGCACUGGUUCUGUGGUCAAGCUGAUGGAAAGGAUUCAUCUCGUGGUGACUCUGGUGGAGGAGUCGUGUUCAAAGACAAGCUCUAUGGUGUAAUCAGCUUCACCGGAAAUGAUACACAUGCAACUAAAGAAGCAUUUGGAUUCAUAGACCUUUGUCAUCCAGACUAUUUCAAAUGGAUACAAAGUGUUACCAUUCGAAAGAGAAAAUUAAGUCACUCUUAA